AUGGAUCCCACCCAGCCUUCCGGGAACAAUGGUCACCAUGGGCGACCUGUCAGUCAACCCGGUUCUCCGCAAACGGUGGGUCCGAGCACUGCCAACGCACCGCCCGGCCCCGUGGCUGGUUCUGCGGGACAACCACCAUCUCCCGAUGGUGGCCCCGCACGAAAUACCGUGCCCAAUCCGACGGGAGCUCCGCAAGCAGCUCCCCCCUCCUCCCCACACACUCAGCCCCGGAAUGCGGAAGGCCCGCGCGUACUAUCGCGCGCCGGAUCCACGCACUCUGCUCCAGGAGUGCUCCCUCCACACGGCAAGCCUGCGCAUGCCCCUACUACGGACGCACCGCGUCCACGGUCGACUAGCGACCUUACUACUCCCGACCUGAAUCAGAUCGGCAGUGAAUGGGCUGGCAUGCGUAGCCAAUCGCAACGGCUGGAAACCAUCCAGCCAGCACCAGCUCUAAGAAUCAUGGGAUUCUUACGCGAUUCCGCGGAACGCUACAAAGCGUUAAGAGAACAGGUAACGCUCGCUGAGACCGAGGUCAAUGACCAGCUCGCCGCGUUCGAGCGAGAAAUGCGAGAGUUGGCCCAGCAGGGCACGGACCCCACCAUAGGUCCCGAGAAUAACGUCGAGGACGUUAUUGAUGCCACGCAAGUGGAGGCGCAACUGGCUGCACCUCCUAGUCCGUCACCAAGUGAGGUGCUUCGCCAGCAAAUGGAGGCUGAUCGCCUCGAAAGGCUCCGGAGAGCGGGAUUGGGGGACACUGGACCAAUAGCAGGUCCGUCUCGACUACUGCCCUCCUCGCCGUUAGCGGCUCCGGCACCCAUUCGAGCUGCACCCCCACGACGAAGCGUGGCUUUCGGGGCCUUUGAGCCCUCGGAUAUCACGGCACCGCCAGGCUGGGACCAUUACGAGUCCGCGUCGCAAGCUCCUCGGGGUGACCGAAUCCCGGUCACUUCGACGGCACCUCCGCACCAGUUUGUGCUCCGACCCAGGAGGUCCUUAGCUCCAGGAGCUUCCGCGCAUCACGGACUUAGUACUGUCCCCGAGCACGAGCUCGAUGGAUCAAAUGAGCUCGCAUACACGGGCCCUAGCUAUGGGCCCCGGGACGCUCGUGAGGUCCAAAGGCUAAUGGGCAUGAUCGACCAAAUGGUCGGGGAGGAACCGACCUCCAGUCCGCCGGCAUACCUGAAGGUCACUAAGAUGACCCUCCCGAAGCCGUAUUUGGGCAAGGACGAUCUCGACGCUUUUGAGAUGUGGCUCCACAACCUCCUCGA